AUGGAAUAUCCCAGCAAACAAUACCCCGUACCAGCAGGGGUACACAUAAUCCCAGAACACCUCCUGGACCUCCGCCCAGACUCCGAAGUCGACUAUGACCUCCUCCACCCCCGACCCGUCACAGACGAGAAGAACAUUUGGCUUUUCUGGCACAGCGGCUACUCCACCAUGCACCCAUAUACCAAGCGAAACGUGCGCGCAUGGCACCGGCGCUUCUCCAAAGCCGGAUGGAUUGUGCGUGUCGUCGACCGCCAUCCGUCCUCCCCGCUCAACAUAGCCAACUUUAUCGACGUCAAUGAUUCGAACAACUUUCCUCAAGCAUUCGCCGAAGGCACCAUCAGUGGCACUUACGCAAAGCAGCACACAUCCGAUCUCGUUCGCUUACCUCUACUUCUCAAGUACGGUGGUAUCUAUGCCGACGUUGGACUAAUCCAGAUCGGCGACGUGGAUCGACUGUGGCGCGAGACGGUCGGAAAUCCCGACUCGCGGUUCGAGGUUCUCUCCUACAAUGCUGGCGAUGUCGACGAGCGCAGUCUCACCAACUACUUUCUCAUGUCGAGGCGUGAUAAUCCGCUAUUCAAGCGAUGCCACCGUCUACUGUUGAAGUUAUGGGAGGGAAAUACGAGUACGGAAGGAAUGCAUCAAAGCCCGCUGUUGAAGGAUUUGCCGCUCCUCACUGGAACCGGUAAUAUGACAGAGCAGCAGUGCAGAGAGCUGACGGACUAUAUUAUCCAGGGGCAGGUGAUGACUCUGGUUAUGGGGUUAGUGGAUAAAGAAGAUAACUGGGAUGGACCGAAAUAUGUCGCGGAACAUGUCUAUGGCAUUGAGUUCAUGCAGGGAUCGCAGCUGAUCAAUGACAUGACUGCAUGGGACGGUCGGAAGGCGUUUGAGCUCAUGUCAUUGUCCCUUCCCAAGGAGGGCGAGGAGGAAACCGCAGAGCAGAAGCAGGCUAGGGAGAUCGUCGAGGCUUGCCUGAAGAAAAGUUUCGGGUUCAAGCUCGCGCACGGAUAUAUUUUGGAGGUAAUGAAUGUGACACUCGGGUCGCUGUGGAGGGAACAUGAGGGAUCAGAUAAUGUGCCCGGGACGUAUGCGCAUUGGCUCAGGCAUGCAAUCGUGCACUGGAGUCAGGAUGCGCUUCCGCCGACACAGCCGUACACGGCACUUGAGCCGAUUAAGAGGGGACCGCUAUUGCGGGCAGAGUAA